AUGGCUGUGUCUAUUGAGUUCAAGCCCGUGUUCGCGGAGGGAGAGGAGGAGAGUCUUAGAAGCAUCGCCGCAGAGGCACUGGUGGCGAUGUUCACUCUGAAAAGAGAUGAGGAGCUCGCCGCCCACACCGCCCGUCUUGUCCAAGAUGCAGUCCCAGAGCACUCUCGAAUUCGUGACUGGACUGCUAUCAAUGCACCCGCCAGACAAGGUCAUCGAGAUGCGGAUGCUGUGCCCGGCCCUAACCUGGGCUCGUCAACAGCAACUCAAACUCCGUUACUGGUGCUCCCAUUCAGAGGCAUCAACGAACCAAUCGAGUAUGAAGCGCGGCUACCAAGUGGCAGCUUGGGUCGACCAGCAGCAGCUCGGCGUCCAUUGCCGACGAGUAGGCCCAAUGCAGAGAAUCAACAACCCCAACCACCACCGGCGGUAAACCCAGCGACUGGAUCAAAUACCGUCGCACCCGCUCCGCAGACGACAACUGCGGCAUCCGUGGCGAAUAACCGGCAGACGAGGGCCACGACUGGCGCGAGGGCAAUGUGCACGUGCUCCUCGUGCAAAAAGCUCGACACAGUCAACGGGGUUGGGCUUAUAAAGGCCGUCAAGACGAUCGUCGAGCACAUACGUGCCGACGAGAUCAUCGCAAAGGGCGAGAAGGCCGAGGUACCCUGCAGGGGGUGUGCCAGAGGCAUUCGCGGCGAUGAUUGCUUUUACGACGGCGGGAAUGCUUGCUCGGCUUGUGUUCGGAAGAAGGAGAAGUGCUCAUUCUCCAAGAAAGAGUCCAAGGGAAGGAAGAGAGAUCAGGGAAAAGUGAGGCAGGAGAAGGCACCGGGCAAUGCCGAUGGCGAAGGCGAGAACGAGGCGAACGCGGAGGAGAGAUUGGAGGUGGGGAAGCCGCCGAAGAAGAAGCAGAGGCGUACAAGGGCGAGUAGGAAUAGCCCUCAGAAUCCGCAACCUCCUCCUGUCAAUGAGGAGGCUGUGGAACCGCCGCAGGCGACGUCCAGGCGUAGACCAGUGAACAAGAGGAGCUCUCGACCUGAACGACAGCAGCAGGUUGAGCCGCCCAGAGCCAGUAGUCGCGAAGGUAGCUCCAGCGUUGAUGGGUCUAAGACCGUCGAUGGCAGUUCUCCUGCUACCUCCGGCACAGCGGACGAGGGAGGGCAGUCGCCUUCGAGUGGAACGCCCGGUUCUCCCCCCGGAGCAGAAGAGUCUCGGGCCGCCUGA